CUCGUUUUGUUUUUCCGUCAUGGUACGACGCGAGCCUCGUCCAUCAGCGCGUCGCAUUUCCAAUAGACUGGAGACUUGCGAUGAAUUGUGCACCUUUUAAGCGUGAAACCGGAUACUGCACGUGGGACUGUGUCUUGCAGCAUUGUGCCUCAAACCUCGAAGUGCUUGCUCAUCAAAUCGCCUCGCUCGACUCCUCCACCUCGUCCACUAUCUUCCACCUUGCUGUUAAACGACGGAUUUCGCCUGAUCGACAAGCAUCAAUCGAGAUCGCCGAUUCAAGUCGAUCGUUAAAACAUCAAUUCAACUCUCACUCAGCUUCGCAUCCUUACUGGCAUUCUCUCAAAUCCAGGACAGGCCUCUUCCGUUUGCAUCCUGCGCCACUUUGACCUCUCUGCAUCGCUUUUAUCCCAUUCCUCAAACCAACACCCACUUCAACCCAGAGCCGCAACCAUGCCACCAGGGAAAAAGACCAAAAAGCCCAAACAACAAACCUUGGAGGCUUCCUUGGGCCAACCGAGAAUCAAACCCCCAACCGUCAAGAAAAUAUCUACCCGCAGCAGCAGUUCCAGUACGAGUACGAAAGGCAAAGAACCACUGGAUUCGGCCAGAUCCCCAGCGACGACAGCCAUGGCCCCGGCGCGACAGCGACAGCGACAACGGGAAGACAUCUCCCCAGACCGGCAACUCCCCGCCUCCUCAGCAGUCUUCAUUCCCAAGAUCUCCACAGCCGAGGCCAAGAAGCGGACCAUCGUCAUUGACGACGACUCCGACUCUACUUCCGAGGCGGAAGAUUACGGUGGGGCCGCGUUUGAGUAUGACGACUUACCUGUGUUUUCGUCCCAGGCUGUAGUGACGGUAACUCAUAACCCCCGCGCUGCUGCCGCUGCUGCCUCUGCUGCUGCUGGUAGCCGUGAUCAAAAGGAGGUUGUUGUGCUGGAUGAGGAGGAUGAGGAUGACGACAUGCCGCUGCCUACUCAGCGUACUAGAGGUGUGAAGAGGCAGGUGGCGGCUGUGUCUGAUGAGGAUGAGGAUGAGGAUGAAGAUGAGGGGAAGCGUGAGGGCAAGGUCAAGGAGAAGGCUGGGGUUAAUGACGAGGGCGAGGAAGAGGACUCAGACUCUGACCGAGUUUUGUCGUCGGCAGUCCGGAAAAGGGCAACGAGGCGCGGUGGAGAAAAGGAGUCGAGUCCGACGAAGAAGAGACGGCUGAUCAGAAGGGGGAAUCCGUCCUCGGCAAGCUCGGCUAAGGAGGAAGAGAAUUCAAAUGAUUAUAAGCCUCGUCGCCUAGGCAAGGACAGGCUAAAGGUUGCUACCGGUACGGGUAGCUCAUCUGCUGCCACGUCCUCAACAGAAUCACGACCCGCUAGGGCCAAGCGUCGAGUCAAAAAGCCCAUGACGGAGAAGGAGAGAGCGAGAGAGCUGCUGAGGCGCAAGCGGGCGGGCGAACCUAUCGAUGACUUGGAGAACGUGGAGGAAGAUGAGGACUCGGAGGUCGAGCUACCUAAAAGGGGCUACUACGACACAGACUCGGAUAAUCCUGCUCUUUCGGAGUUUGAGGAUGAGGAAACGGACGAGGAAGAGAUUGUCAAAGAAGAGGAGAGGGAAAAAAUGAAGGGAAAAGGAAAAACCGAAACGAAGGACAACAAGAAGACCAGAAAGAAAGACAAGAAGGGCAAGAAGCGAAGAGAGAUAUCCCCUGAUUCGGAGGAUACCGAAGAUAACGACGAAAAGCGCAACGUAGGAGGUUCCUACGAAGACGAAGAGAUGCAGGAUUUCAUCUCUGAAGACGAUUCUGAUGCCCCUAUUGGCGCACCGGACGAGAUUGGCAUCCCGCUCGAGUUCACUAGACACGCACAUAAGCCGCUCAAGGAACACUUCCGCGACGUAGUCGAGUGGCUAGUCCAUUACAAAAUCCACCCCAAAUUCCCGGAGAAGACUGCCGAGUUGUAUAGGCUCGGCUGGAGGAAGCUCGAUGACGAGGUCCGUGGCUUGGCCCAGAGUAAGUUCGCUUCUUCGGCUUGGAAGACGGACUUUUAUAUGGCGUUGAGGGCCCGGCCGUACUAUACAAGUGGUGAGACGCAUGAGCAAAGUAUUUUCUUUAGCAAUUGCGCGGCGUGUGGCAGGAGCGGACAUCCUGCAAAAUUUGAAAUCGCCUUCUCUGGCUCCCCUUAUUACAAAGAUUUUUCCCACCCAAGAUUCCUCGAAGCUGUCCCCAACAACAACCCCUCCCCCUCCCCCGAUGACGAAGGCGGUGAUCCAGAUGAAAACGAUGCCGACGGCAACACCAUCCCCGCCGCCUCGCGCCACUGGAAGAUUGGCUCUGUAUGCCACUCCAACGCCGAGACGGCCCACAACCUGCUGCACUGGCAGUACGCCCUGCUGGACUGGGUUGACACCCGCCUAUCGGAAGACGGACACCUGACUGCUGCUGCUGCCAUUUCGAAAAAGCGCGAGGGUGAAAGCAAAGAGAAGCGCAAAAAGAGGACAACAAAAAAGAAGUAUAAGCUGGUGGCCAAAAUUGUGAGCGAGUGGGAGGCGAAUGGCACGGUCAAGGCGCUGUUUCGCGAGUUCAAGGAUAUGCUGGAGGCGGCGAGGAAUAAGAGCACGGCGGGGCCGAGGGUGCAGAAGAGGUGAUUUACGUGAGGUUCGGAAGGGAUAUAACUAGGUACCUUACCCCUGUGGGAGAUCGAGGAGACUGGCUGGGGGAAGGAGGGAAUUGUCUUGCAUGUUUGCGUUGAAGGCAGUGGGUGGCUCUAUCUCGGAAAGGAGGAAGGAGCAAAGGCCCUUGUGGUGGUAGAAGUGGCAUGUGGCAGCCAUGCUCAAUAUGCGGCCGAGUUUUUUCUUGCUUUGUUUCAAAGACGGUUGGAGAAGGACUUCAUUUUCUUGACCUGUUUGGCCGCUCAGCUUUUAUAUACCUAUUAUCCUGGCAGUCAAUUCGACCCUAAACCUCACUCCCG